AAAUUUUCUUCCAAAACUUGUUCACAUCUUCUCCGUACAAGACGUGUGUACGCGAUACGCUGCGUUUAAAAAAAAUUAAAUUCUUACUUUCAUUGAUUGAUGAAUCCAAGUUACUGACUACAAGCAAAGAUUGUCUCCCUAAUUUAAAAUUGAUACAAGGCGUGUGUUAUAACGUGCAUGAUGAUAGUGAGAUUGUGCCCGGGUGGACGUCUGUCAUAGCAAAUCAGUCGUGUCGUGACUAAUAUUUGCGGAAGGUGAAGGUGAAGGGUCCUCUGGAUGCCUGACGAAAGUGUCGUUCGUUGUUAUCAGUGAAAGAAUUAGUUCGUUUAGAUGGUUCUUGUGGAAUAAUGGUGUCGAUUUUAAAAAACCAGCUGCUUAAGCAUCUUUCACGAUAUACCAAAAAUUUGUCGCCAGAUAAGGUAAAUUUAAGCACAUUUCGGGGCGAAGGGGAGCUUUCCAAUUUGCAGCUAGACGAGAAUGUACUAACGGAACUGUUGGAAUUGCCAUCAUGGCUGCGUCUUACGUCCGCAUGGUGUAACCACGUGUCGUUUCGAAUAUCCUGGACCAAGCUGAAAAGUACACCGAUCACACUGACACUUGACGAGGUAAAAAUAACGGUUGAAACAUGCGAGAUAACCCGCAGCGGUGCCCAGACACCGGGACUUUCGAGUCUCUCUGUACCACAGGGAAAGUAUAGUUUCAUUCACAAAAUCGUCGAUGGCAUUACAGUACUGGUGAAUACGGUGAACGUGAAUCUGAUAAGUCCGGCCUUUACCGCUUCGGCUCAAAUUUCCAAAAUAAGAGUCGAAUCACGCACACCCAAAUGGCUGCUCGGUGAUCUACGGGUAACGAAAAUAAAGGAUCCCGCCCGGGGACUGAUUCUGAUAUUCAAAGAGCUGUCUUGGCAAACCAUCCGUAUCGAAGCAAGUUCAACGCAAGACAAAAGUCUGACUCCAUUGCGGCUGCUAACAAACCAGGCCCGCUGUAGAAUAACGAUUAAGAAAAAGCUAUCCGACUGUAGCAUAUUAGCUAGUAGAUUGGUUUUAAUAUUAGAUGAUUUGUUGUGGGUAUUGACUGACUCGCAACUCAAAGCCGCUUUACACUUUGUUGAUUCACUUUCCGGGCUAAUCAAGGCAUCCACCAACGUAGUACAGAGAGUGAAAGCGCAGAAAAAGCUGGAAACGUUACCGGAGUACCAAGCUCAGCUAGCUCAAUCGUCAAGAGCACCGGAUGCGCAGCAGCUAAACGCAGUCCAGCGUCUAUUCAACAUCUACGAUGUAAGGGAGACCUCGUACCAUUUCUUUAGUCAACGAAUUGAUUUGCAUCUUUGCGAUGACGCUGGUGUUGGCCGCUCCAGCUAUCCUAGUUUGAAAGAUGGCGGAGCGUUGCAAAUUUCUCUGCAAGGGUUUCAAAUUGAUUAUUAUCCAUAUCAUUUGGCGAAAGCAGACCGCUCGCACUGGCCAAAAUAUAAAGAAGCAAGCGUUCCACCGGCCUUGUGGCUUGAACAAUCUUUAAAUGCCUUCCGUGAAGCUAUAUUGAAUCUAAGUCAACCGAAUAGACCACCAACGCAUCCAAGCUUAGAAAGGACGACUAACCUUGGCCAGCAACAAUCACAUAUACCAAGAAAUUCAGCAACGGGAGGAGCCCAAACUACCACAAACUCACCGAACAUCUCCGGAUCACAAUCAGCUGGUGCAUCGCCAAUGAGAAAACAUGUCCUAGAUAAUAUAGCUAAACUGAUGUGCGUGUGUGUGAUAAUAAAGAUCGAGGAAUUCACCUUAUAUCGCGUGACGACUUCGGGGAAUAAACAGAUGCCCAAAGAAUUUAUCGCUGCACAAUGCAAAAGGAGAAAAGGCGACCGGGAUCGAUAUAAGCUGCCUCCGGAAAUGCCUACGCUCCACGCCGAGUUUACGUAUUUUUACUAUCCUGGAGAUUUCGUGUUUCCAUUGCCGCCAUCCAAAGCCUUUGUCCAUAUCAACCCAGUACAGGUCAGCUUCGAUCUGGACAGCUGUUUGUGGUUUAGUUCUUUUGUGCUUAACUUACAUGAAAGUCUGCUGAGAACAACAAAUGUGACUAGCAGUCUGAAUUCUCCCUCCACACCGUCCUCCGGGAGUCACUCGGAACCGCAGCCUAAUCUGAUGUAUAUGGACGUGAAGGUUGAAGUCAUAAUGCCGAGGAUCGUUUUCGAAGCCAGUGCAAAUGCACCCCAACAGCGAGAUCGACCAAAAACGAUGACGGUACAAAUUACACGUUUAACACUGACCAAUAUUCGCGAAAUGGGUGCCUCACGGGCGGACUUAGCUCAGGCGGUUUCAUCCUUGCAAGAGGGUAGUCUUGUGUUUGGUUCCGGCUUUCCGUCUAUGCCGGGAGAUCUGUGUAUUGUGACAGACAGAAUAUUGUCGCACAUUGCAGCGAAGGACGUGAUCACUCCUGAACCCAUGCCACAAGGGACACAGCAGUCCGCAUUCAGUCACUUGACGCGUUAUGCUAUGUGGGCUGAGCCGCGUGAUGUAUGGUGCAUUAAGUUAGAUCCCGUUUGGGUUGAUUUCUAUGGAGCAAGAUCGGUGGGAGCGAACCGGGCAAUUCCAUUUGUUGAUGCGGUUCCUGUGACGAUUUGGUUACAUGGUCGAUCGGAUUUCGACAUACUUGCUAAUGAAUUUGACAACGAGCAAUGGCAGUUUAGCGGCAACAACGAGCCCAACUGCAAAAGGUACAGCAAUAUAUCCAACUCAACAAAGUCGAGCGAGUCGAGUCUGGUGCUUUCAGUUAAUAGUCUAAUGCAAUCGCAAGAUUUAGAUCCGCUGAGUAAAAAUCUAAACCAUCUGCCGUUGAUCAGUGACAAUGUUAAGAAGAAACCAGCCGAUGUUAACAAUCGUCCGACUGUUCCCUGCCAACCCGUAGAUAGUGAAGCAGAGGCGACCGUGUCGGCCGAUCUGCACGUGAUAGCGCAUGUUUCUAAUUUAGUUAGUAUUCAAAUUGACCAUUACCAAUAUUUGUUUCUGUUACGUUUGGCCGAGGAACUGACGGAGUUAGCAACUUUCCUAUCACUGGACUCAAAACGGAUUCUGCAAGCGGCGAACGUCGAAAAGUCCAUCAUUGUUGGCUGUGUUAUUCCACAAGUGGAAAUUUCGCUUGUAAUGCCUUCGCAAACGCCAGGCAAGGAGUCGAGCGGCGGCGACGGCGAAAGUGUACUACCUGACUCGGCGAGUUUAGGUGACGAUCUGCUUACUAAUGGUUCUGGCUGGCCAAACUCAAUGGAUCAAACAAGGAAUUCGAAUAUUUUCAGUAGUACUGAAUGUCCUUCACCCGUUGCUGUGGAGGUGCCCGUUGAAAUUGAACACCAUCCUGUACCUAAUGCUCAUGGUCACAACGUUCAAAUUCAAAGUGCCCCCACAACAUCUUCCUCGUCUGGAGUGGUGUCCGUUGAAAAUCGUUCCUCAUCACCGGUAGAUAGGGAAGAAGAAAAGAUACAACCGACAGUGUUCAAAAGUCGUAAUUCGACUGCAGAUUCGUCCUCGUUUUCAAAGGAAAUUCAUUCUGGGUAUGCCUCCAUGAAGAAGGGAUUUUCCCAGUUUAUGACUUCUAUAGAUUCUAAGCUGAAGACCAACAUGUCCGAUGAUGUGAGCGAUACUCUUUCGGUUCAAUCGGAUAUAAGCUCCGACCUAGAGAACUACCUGCCCAUGCUGGGUGAUUCGGAGAAAACUGCAGACUGUAUGGAUGUAAUGUUUAAGCUAAAUCCCUUCAACACCGAUAGUAGCAUUAAGGUUGCCCCUAUUGAAGUUGCCAGCGAAGUGUGCGAAGAUCCAUUUUUGACUAAUAUGUCAUCGCCGUCUGAACCGUCCGAGGCCAGCAGUUUGCGAAGGCGAGAUCUAGUUUCUAUGGUUACAUUUAGGUUAACAACAGUUGAAGUGAUUCGUCAAAAUAUUUGCAACAUUUCGGCAAUCAGACUACAGGUUUCGGCAGUUAGUUGUGACGAAUGUGGAGCAAUACCGUGGGAUGAGUUUCAGAGUGGUCAACAAAAAACAAAGACGAAGUUUGGAGCUAGAUGUAGAGCAUGGAACAUUGCACCACACAAUCCGGAAGCACCCCCUUGUAUUGCUGUUAGGUUAGAAGAAGAGUUGACACUGCCGGCCGAUUCACUAAACAUCACCGACAAGAAGUCUAUACAAAGCUGGUUUCAACGCAAACUAAAUGUGGAAGUAAAGAACAUCAAUCUUCAGCUCUCCAUGAGCACCGUUGUGGGCCUUGGCGAUUUGGCAGAAGAUGAAGUGAUACCAACCCCCAUACCGAUGGAAGUCGUACUGCAAAAUGUGAAAAUUAAUCUGAUCGAAGAUCGUCCUCCGGUGAAUAUUACCUCACCGGGAACGCUGCCCAUAAAUUUAUCUAUAGGACGGAUGCUCGUUACGCGAGAUGCUGCAGGGGUCUUCUACCUGCAGCCUAUAGAGAAACACGACGAAAGUUCAGGGGGUCCUCAAAGGCCGGAAAUGGCUUCGAAAAGAGAUCGUGAUCGGGAGGUAGUGUCUUUGCAACUGGUGAUGCAUCAGCUUAAAAAGGACAACGAUAGUUUACGUAAACAGUUAACAAACGUUGAGAGGGAAGCUGAAUCGAAUAAAACAAAAACACGACAGGAAUUUGAAACGCUUCAAUCGUACUUAAAUGAAACCCAAGACGAUGUAAGAACGUUAAUAGACGAGAAUCGUACAUUAAUGGACACAAUACGUUCGCUGCAGAAUCAACUGACAGCGUUAAGCGAUGUACACAUGAAUGCCACAGAUGGAAAGAGAUAGCACAACUGUAUGGACUGCAUACAGUGCUGUGGUGAUAAUCCCUUCUAAUGGUUAAGCCAGCUGAAUGGGUGGGCGAGUAGAAUUCAUGUUAUCAUGUCGGGUAUUCGAAAAUCCUUUCCUAAAUUGAACGAUUCCUUUCUUUGUAUGCCUUCCAUUCAAAUUUAAUUUCGGCUUGGAGUUUAUACGCUCUGAAAUGACAGGAUUAUCCUGAGUGAUCAAACAACCACUACUAACUACAAGAAACAUAUUUAACCGUUUGGAAAUACAGUUAAAACACCGACAAACAUAAACUGAAUACAUCACCCACCGUUAGCCUGUAUGAGUAAGCAGUCAGCAAAUACGACGAGCAAAGUGUUACUACUAUUUCGUAAUUACUCUGCUCAUAAUUAUGGUUAUCAUCAGUUGAUUCUUACAAUGUGAGAAAAAAAACAAGACUUAUAAUUGGUUCGUCAUAUGUUCUUUUGUAUGUUUUUGGUUUGAAUAACCACGUAACCCGGCUUUGUCAGGUGUACUUGAAUAAAAAAAAUUUAUGUUACACUGUACAUAUUUGCAGUUUCGUUUUCAUAUGCGCUUCAUGGGUAAAUACAUGUAAAAAAUUAAAAAAAGGUACAUUGAAUUCACGAAUAAACAUCUAUCAGUUCAAACAUUGCGUGGUAUUAGUUAUGUUUCCAUAUAUCAUAAACAUAAAUAAAUACUUUAAACAUUGUAACAUGCAAACUUUUUCAGAUGUUCUUUUAUCUCUCAACAUUCCUUCUUUCUUGUAAAUCUCUAAAAAACGCACUGAGCCAUUAGACUUCUAUGAAAUCAAAAAGCACUAUGCACCCCGUUUAUGGUGAAUCAAUUCCUUUUAUGCAUUGUAGUAGCCAAUAGUCAUUUCUUGUGAUAUUAAAUUUAAUUGUUUUCCGUUGAAUGAAGGUGAACGAUCGAAUUGUAAACAGCAGCUAGAGACUAUAGUAGCAAAAAAAGUAUGGUUCCAUAGACAAAGCGUUAUAAAUUGAUGCUAAGCAUGUUUCACUUGAAAGGCUUUCAAAUUCCUCCAAAGCUAGCCUUUGUUUAGUUUGAAAUUUUUAUGUCUACUAAGUGCUUCAUGAACUAAAAAAGAUAGACUCAAUUCACGUGCAUAGGAACAGAAUAUAUUCUUGGAGUUCGUUAUAUCAGUAGCACUGAAUUCCUUACGGUCAGCUCAAAUAUGAACCGUUGAUAGUUAGCUUUGUAUUAAUUGUGUUUUAAAAUAUUCGAGAGAAACAAAAACCUAUACGUCUAGUAGUAAGCGGUUGCGUUUACCGAAUCAGAAAAAUAUGACAAGGGUUUUGUUAACUGAGAUUUAUGUCGAGCUAUUAAUGGAAUACAUAAUAAAGUCAAUAAAAAGGUCUACGUUUAACGGAUGUUGAAAAAGAUUUAUCAGAUUCAUAUAUUUACCAUUACAAUCAUUGAAACAAUGUCAAAUAAAAAUCUUUGUCCUUGAUGGGUAAUAAAAA